CGCGCGAUGGCAUCGUCCACGGUGGCGGUCCCGUCCGGGGCAGCCUCGGUACCGCCAACAGCAAGCGGUGGUCUCGGUAACGGCACCGAGGAGAUCGACGGCAGCGAUAUAUAUGGCAAUGACAAUCGCAACUCCGUGAACGUUGUCGGAAGCGGAUACACUAACGGUGGCGGCAAUCCGGGUGACGCUCUGGAGGAAAUAUCGUGCGGCAACGGUGAGAGCAACGAGCAAGGCUGUACCUUAUGCAGGAGCAAACUGUGCUCACCCCGGGUGCUCUCUUGUCUCCAUGUGUUCUGCGAAGUUUGUUUGGAUAAACUGUUAAUGGAUGAAGCUGGAGACUCCAAGGUAGUCUCGCUCAUCAACUGUCCUAUAUGCCAGCAAGAGACUUCCGUUAGUUGUAAGGGUGCUGCGUCGCUGACAUGCGACUACGUUCUCACUAAUAUACUGGAUAUGUCAGCUAUUGAGAAUAUGGCCGUGCUGUGUACCUCAUGCAAGGCCAAAGAGAGUGCUGUGGCACGUUGCUCCGAUUGCGCCAAUUUCCUGUGCCCAAACUGCAACACGGCGCACCAGUUUAUGCGCUGCUUUGAGAGCCACAAGGUUGUGGCUUUUGAGGACUUGAAGCAAUCCAAGGAGGCUAUUCCAAUACACAAACCGAUAUUUUGUGAGUGUCAUCCUGCUGAGAAUAUGAAAUUCUACUGUCAUACGUGUCAGGAACCUAUUUGCAACGAAUGUCUACUUGUGGAACACAAAGCCCCAGAGCAUCAAUACGAACGACUAACAGAUGCGGAACCACGACAGAAAGAGGAAUUAUUUAACCUGAUGACGGAAAGUAAAGCGAAAAUUUCCGAGUGCGAUCAAAUCUCGACACAGUUAGAUAGUGCACUUAGCGAGCUGCAGGUACAACAUGACCAAGCAAAAGAUCUAAUUAUGGAAACUUUCCAAAGUUACAAGGCUGUACUGGAAAAAUGUAAAGCCAACGCAUUGGAAGAACUCGGAAAGCUUCAUGAAGCCAGAGAACUUGAAAUAAUGGACACUUUUCACAAUGUUGAGAAGACCAUGGAAAAGAUAGAGGAUGCUUGCCGUUUCACUUCGAGACUCCUUGAGCAUGGCGACGCAGUUGAAAUUCUAGCCCUUCGUCGUGUCGUAGGAGCGCAAUUGAUGAACCUGAUUAAAAACACUCCGAAACAUAACGUGACGUACUCUAUUGAGUUUCAGACCGACUAUAAUCAUUUUGAAAAAACCGUGAAGGAGGUAUUUGGAAAAUUUCGCACCGAGGGUACAACGAUCUCGAUGAAGACUCUUCCCGAACCGAUCUCAACAGUGUCGGGAGUCUCUACGAGUCAGCAAAUGGUACAUACCUCAAUCGGUUGUGCGAGCUCUCUCAGCACAAGUUCCCCCAUCUCGCUUCCCGCGUCAAUGCAAUCCUCGUUCGAAGGUGAACCCUCUUUUGUUAUUCCGCCGACUACGAGUCCUCAAAAUAUCCCCCCUCCUCCACCGCCCGUACCUCUUCCACCAGGUCCUAUCCACGGACUGACCAGCAUACAGGAGUACAACCUGCAGCAAUUGGCUAGUUUAGCGGAGAAGGUGGACAUGGUGGGUGACACCGGUGUCGUAGGACCUAGCUCGAAUCCUAGUCCAACUCCGUCCUUCACAUUGGCAGAUCUGUUUGCCGGGGACCUAAGUUCAACGAGCCACGCCAUUAACAAUUUACAGGCUCUUGCAAAAUUAGGAAAUACUCUCGGCAAUCAAGAUCUGGGAAAUGCUACGAUUAAUGGUGGUGGUGGAUUAGUAUUGGGACGUGUACCUUCACCAGCCAUUGUGGACGCCCCGAUAGUGGGCCCCUUGGCUGCCAAUAGUUUAUUAAACGGAGGAUUCCAGUCAAUGUCCUCUUCCACUUCGCCAAUACUUUCACAGGGUACUGACGAUUUAAUAGGUGAUUCCAUGCAUAGCAUGCCUGUAGUAGUAAAUACUGUUGCCAAUGUAACUGGAUCAGGGACAGCGAAUUAUGCUCACCCACGUUCAAACAAUGCAAAAUUGACGCCUAUGCAUAUCCGAAGCAAGUUUGGACAAUUAGGCCCUAGUAAAGGGCAGUUUAAUUCGCCACACGGAUUUUGUCUAGGAACAGAUGAGGAUAUUAUUGUCGCGGAUACGAAUAAUCAUAGAAUUCAGAUUUUUGAUAAGACUGGUACCUUCAAGUUUCAAUUCGGUGUUCCUGGCAAAGAAGAGGGACAAUUGUGGUAUCCUAGGAAAGUGGCCGUAAUGAGAAAUAACGGCAAAUUCGUUGUGUGCGAUCGGGGAAACGAACGAUCCCGGAUGCAAAUAUUCACGAAGAGCGGUCACUUUAUAAAGAAGAUCGCUAUUCGUUACAUCGAUAUCGUAGCUGGCCUAGCUGUUACCAGCCAAGGGCACAUUGUGGCUGUUGACAGUGUGUCGCCAACUGUGUUCGUAAUCAGUGAUACCGGAGACCUCUUAAGGUGGUUUGAUUGCAGUGACUACAUGAGAGAACCGAGUGAUAUCGCUAUCAGUGGCAAGGAAUAUUUCGUUUGCGACUUCAAGGGACAUUGUGUCGUGGUGUUUAACGAAGACGGUAAAUUCCUGCGUCGUAUUGGCUGUGAGAAUUUAACAAACUUCCCAAACGGGAUCGAUAUUAGCGAUGCGGGAGACGUAUUAAUUGGAGAUUCACAUGGCAAUCGUUUCCACGUAGCUGUCUUCUCCAGAGAUGGGUCUUUAAUUUCGGAGUUUGAAUGUCCAUAUGUGAAGGUAUCUCGAUGUUGUGGUUUAAAAAUAACUUCGGAAGGAUAUAUUGUAACACUGGCGAAAAACAACCACCAUGUCCUCGUAUUGAACACACUUUAUAUAUUAUGAAGUGGAAUCAGACGAAUAAACAUAACUUCUUUCCUGCAAGUGGAAACCUUCGGAAACCGCUCUCAACGAAAGAUGGGAAAGGCACGCCCAAGGAAUUAUGUUCGAAUUUUGGGCCUAUUGAAGCAAUAGAAACAAGUGCAGCAUGCAGCUUUAAUAGAUAUAAAAGUAUAAUGCGUCCCUGUUUUAUGAAAGUAACAAUGUUGAAAAAAAAAAGCAAAAAGGUAAUGUACGUCUCCGACCAAACAGUAUAAUAGUAACUUAGCAACUUGCAUUUUGGUAAACUGCCAAAGUAAAUUAAAUUAACUAAGUGGAACCAGUUAAAGAAGCAGUAAGCUAUAUCGACCGAAGCCAGUCGGGUCGCUUGUAGUAGAGAAAGCAAUCUACAUAUGGCCUUCCGUCAAAAUUGGUUGUUAUACAUCAUUUUUGACACAUCAGUAUUUUAAGUAUGUUUGUAAAUCAAAUCAUUCUAGUCUCUCCAGCGAGCACUUUUUACACGCCCAUAAUUUCGAUUUGUGCUCGAGAAAUAAGACGUUCUCGUCUUGAUUUUAAUUACAUUUGAGAAGAAUAUCGGUCUUAGUUCUAACCGAUGCUUUGGGAUACACAAGAAUGCACACAUUAUGUUCGAAAUUUUUCCUUUAAGAAUUUCUAUAACUAAUAAGCUCAGCAGGAUAACUUUUAUGACGUGAGGAUCAAAAUUUUCCGCUUAACAGAAAAAUGUAAAAAAAAAACGUUGCAUGCUGCGAGGUAGUUGGUAGUACUUCCUGCUCUUAUCAUAUCGUAUAUUUCUAAAGAAGAGAACGAAACGAUACUCCUCAUUGCAGCAGGCACGAAGCUUAACGAGAGCUAUGUUCCUGAUUUCUUUCUGCGCGUUUGAAAAAUGAUAGUUGAGAACGUUAAUAUAAAAGCAACGUUAAUGUGCAAGGAAUAGAUUAUGGUAUGUUGAAAAUCAAACAUUUAAUAUCUUAUAAGGGAAGGUGUCGUACAGAGGAUACUUUGUGAGCAUAAAAGGCGAAAUAAUUAUUUACACUUAACGAAAAAAAUCGAGUAGAUCCCAUUUGUGCAUUGUUAAAAUUAGACGAGACACAUAAUGGUUACAAUAUUUACUCAGGAUGCUUUAUUAUUAUGGUCCACUGUAUGAAUAUAAUAUAUAUACGUGUGUGAAUUAUUGGUUCGUGGUGCUAGCAAAUAAUGUAUCCAUACCAUGUAAAUGUAUUUGUUAUAAAGUUACAGGAAUCACUGCCCCCGCAUCUCGCCGAUGCAAGGGUAACGAUUCUGUGUAAUGUAUUAUAUAAGAUUCGUAAGAACAUAUGCCACCGGUAUCACAUAGGGACGAUACUUUAUCUAUGUAAGGAGAGGGAAGAUAACGUACAGUUUGCUAAACAACCUCUAUUUAUGUAUAUAUUAAUACGAUCCAUGAGAGAAAAAGGGGAAAAACCACAUAAGACACAUACAUAUAUAGAAAUACACAUAUUUUUUAGGGUUGUUUACAUGAUCAGCCUUAAGAUUUGAUUGAACUAAAAUGCAAUGUGUAUACAACAAUGUACAUCAGAUAUUUGGCAGAUUGCUACACUGUGUUACCUUAUAUUAUCUACAAUAAUGUUUAAUUACGAAUACUAUCUUGCCAUACCAAAUGCUAGGUAGCACACAUCCAUAUAUACAUAAAUAUACAUAUAUAUACAUAUACAACAUAUAUAUAUAUUUAUAUUUAUACUCGACUAGCUUUAUCGGAUUUGUUUUGCAAACAGAAAAUUGUCUGAUUUCAUUAUUCGUGUGGAACAAACAUGAAAUUAGAAGACCGAGGAAUAUAUAGAGAAAAUAAAAGAGAGCAGUAAUAGGAGGCUAUUUUAAAAUUCGCGCAUACCAUCAGAAUUUGUAGUAAAAUUGCACGAAGCCUACGUACAUACACCUAAGCUAAUCAGUCGUACUCAUCUCGUAAUGUUAGAAGUUUUAAUUUUAUAUAUAAAGAAGAAAAAAGGAAAGAGAGAGAAAAACUAAUCUUGAAAUAUUUAAUAGUCAUGGUUAGCAGAGUUAUAUAAAUAAUGCCUGUGAUAAUAGUAUCGUCAGGAUAAGUUGUGUCCUUAAAGAGUCUCUGAUGUUGUUGCUAGGUAAAUAUAAUUAGAAGUAUCAAUGAGAGAUACCAUUGGUGCCGUCUGGAAGGUGUAUUAUUUAUGCACAAUAACACCUGUUGCAGAGCCAUCAAUUUCGUCUCUGAUGAUACGUUACAUAUGAAAAAGAAAAGAGGAUAUUCAAAAUAAAGAGAACAUGUUGCAAAAUUUUUGCCAGUCAUAUUAAAAAGAAAAAAAAACUCAUAGUGUAACGAAUGGAUGACCAUUAACGAGAGGGUCUUUUACCUCACAAAAUUAUUAUAUUACGCUCACCUUAUAUAUACUUGAAUAUUUUAGUAUAGAUUUACUCUAUUUACAUAUUUUUAUCUGUGAAAGACUACUUGGCUAAUUUAGGCCACUGUUGAAAUUCACCCCUUAUUUGCCUUGAUGUUUAAAUUACAACAAUAAUAUUAAAAGGAAAAAAAAAGAACGAGAAUUACUUGUUACGUAAAUGGUAAUUGUGAUAGAUUUUUUGAUGAUUUUUACAAUCUCAAAAGUCUUAUUAUCCUAAUAUGUAUAGAAUUAUAUAGUCACUCUGUACGUACUAGAUAAACUUUGCUUACAUUGUUAAACUAAUAUUAAAAGCUCUCAUAAUCCAUACUAAACAGUUUUACAACUGGCAGCGUAAUCGAAGGUCAUAUUUUGCAUACGCGAUAAUAGGUUCUGUGUGUAUUACUUUAGCAGUACUAUUUUUAUUGCUACACAACUUCCAAGGCCCUUUAGGUGCCACCGAUUUCUCGACGUCAUUUCAAAAUGGUACUGUUUGACUUUACGUGUUACGAACGAAAUUAUUAUUAUUGUGUCCGAAUUUUUGAUGCUGUGUUUACUGUGGAAUUUCAAUUACGAAUAUACCGUUUGCUCUGAUAAUUGUAGUUGUCACUUGUUUAUUUAUAAAUCAGCGUUAGUGCGUGCUUACUUUUUUUUUUUUUCUAUUCGAAAUUGCUCUCAACGUGCCGUUUUACAAGCUGUUUUACGAUACUUGACAAACACACGAGGAAGAUAAUUACAAGCACCUGGAACCGUUCUAUUCCAAUUUCUCACAUGAUUCGAGUUGUAAGACACUUGUACACGAUACUUGUGAAAUGUACGUCGUAUGUCGUGUAUCCGAUGAUGACAAAUUGUUGCUACAUAUAUCACGCGAAUAUGUUCCUGAUUUUGAGAGAAAGAAGAGAGAGAGAGAGAGAGAGAGAGAGAGAGAGAGAGAGAGAGAGAAACUUUCGUGUCGUAUUAUACAAUACAAUAAGAAUUAAUCGCGAGAUUUAUAAGCAUUAACGGAGGCAUCUACAAUUAUAUAUGAAGGAUAGAGGACUAACAUGACACGACAUAAACUGAAUUCUAGCCUACGGUUAAUCAUAGUCUUCCUAGAAUCCUAAAGAAGAGUAUGACUUUGCUAUAUUGAUUAGGGCAUGGCCAAUUAACACUAUAUAGCUGGUUAUAAACGAGGAAAUGCGUAACGAAGGUGUUACUUCUCGGAAGUACCCUAAAUUAACAGCUCUAUAUCGUUUUAUAUAUACUAGACAUGGCUUAUACAUUAGAGAGUCCGCAAUCUUUUUCUUGUUUUUUUUUUUUUCCUUUUCGUGCUUUCUUUCAGCAUAAUUUAACUUGUAUUUAUACAGAAAAAAAGAAAAGAGAGAAAAACCUACGAUCAAAAGAGAGAAAAAAAAGCACGAUGGUUCAUUAUGUGUAAGAGUUUCGCGUUAUUUUUGUAAUGAUAUUUUUAUUCCUUACUCGCUCUUAUACAUUAUCUUAUUAUUAUAUGUAUGUAUCAUUAUAAUUUUAAUUUUUUACGCGAGCAUUAUGUGUUCCAUUGGCUGUUUCCGAUACUAUCUCAGUAUACUAUUUGGAUACGUUAGAGUAUCGUUCCUUCAAAUGUUGUUGAAGGCGCGGUAUUCAAGGCCUGCUAUUUUGAUCUAUUUCGUUUUUAUUUGCGCAAUCGGAUGAAACGGAACUGCUUCCAUAAACUGUAUUUAUAUUAUUUAUACUUUUUUUUUGUUUCAUUGGUUUUAUUAUUUCUUGUCAGUUGUAUCUUACUUAAAAAGAUAAAGAAGUGUUAUCGGUCGAUUUUUAUUAUAGAAUUCAUUGCAUUUUAGUUGUGUUUUUUCAAUGUUUAUCUUUUCUUUUUCGUUCUUUUUCUCUUUGUUUUAAAUACUCAGAGUCUGAAGUGAAGUGACAACAAAUUAUAUACAUAGCUUGUCGUGCUGUCUCGUUCAAAGUGACAGAGAGAGAGAAAGAGAGAGAGAGAGAGAGAGAAAGAGAGAAGACGAUUUAUUCAUAUAGCGAAUUAGAUGUAACGAGUAUUGUUGAUUCUACUUUACGAUUUAACUGCAUUCCAAAUAGAUCAUUUUACCUUUCACUUUUAUGAAGUAUAAAAAUUUAAAUUCCUUAGUGCCAAAAGAAGAAAAAAAAAAGAAAAAGAACAGACUAAUCAGAGUAUUUUAUACACAACACGUAUUGCUUACGGUUUAUUUUUUAUUUCACAUAAGUUUAUCUUAUUCAUGUUUUGAGUUUGCGUCGUGUGUGGGUAUCGAAGCUCUUAGAGUAAGAAAACAAAAAAAAUAUUACAGUUAAAUCCUUGCUUAGUCAGUUAAAGUACAAAUAUUUAAUGUAUUCUAUCUUUAGGCGAUAAGUAAUGGAGAGGCGUGUAAUCGCGUAUAUACUGUUACUUGGUUUCAUUCCUCAAACAGCACUAGCUUUAUUUAUUCGCAUUAGUUACUCGAUGUAAUACUUAACAGGCUGAGAGCGAACGCACGAACGAACGAACGAACGAACGAACGAACGAUCUAUCUAUCGAUCGAACGAACGAACGAAUGAAUGAAUGAA